CACUCUAAAAAACUAUCCAUGUGGCUAGUGACAAAAGCUCAAAAUAAAGAACAAUUUCGACAUAAAAAAUUAAAUGUGUUACAUGUACAUGUACUAGUGAGUUGACAACUUAUUUUAAGAAGUUUGUCAAACUGAAAAGAAAGAACUCUGUCUCAGCUUAUUAAUAUAUGGGUUUUGAACAAACAGUCUUGCUUUCACCUAACAACAAAAAAGUAUUAAGUUAGUGAAACUUGAAAAUGUAGUGAGCAAACUGAAAAAGCUGAGAACAGAGCUGGACCUUGUCUGAACAUGCCAGAGCCAGACCUCGCCUACAGGAGGAGAAACAACAGCAGAACAAUGAAGGAACGAGCGCGAGUGCAAACAUCAAAGGAGCUCAGGUCUCUCAGUCCUCCCACUGAGUCUCAGAAGCGAGCUGACUCCUGUACCGAGGGCUUCUCCUGUUGUUCAUCAGUAGCUUUUUGGCCUGGCCGAAACAGAGACUAAGACACGGGGGGGGCACCAAGUGAUCUCCUCACAUACCAACUUUCAGACCAAGUAUGAUUAAGAUGAUCAGGUGAUGGUGUCUUGGGAUUUGUCUCCCUGCUGCAGAACGAGUUAGGACAAGCCUGGAUCCUCCUCUAGCUUGCUGCACUCUGCAGUAUAGGGUGGCCUGUGCCCGUGGUUUCCACUCAGCAGUUCAUCCUGGGUUAAGCAGCUCAAGUGUGCCCCAGGGAGGGCAGGGAGGCCAUGGAGGUUCCUCUGGUUAACUUUGAGAACCUGGAUGACAUCGGAAUUAACUUGGGUGACCCAAGUGACUCAGGAUAUCCAGCUUCACCCACUUCAGAGACACCAGAGCAGAACCAGCUGACCCAUGGUCUGGAUUCACCAACGCAUUCACCGCAAAGAUAUAGAAGACCUGGAAAUACAACAACCUCUCCCACAACACUCACUAAGAAAGGGACCUCUAGUUGCAACAGUCUCAUCUCUAACUGGAAGGUACUUAUGAAUAGUGAAGGCAGUCCCUGUGAGGCUCUCCUAGGCAAGGUGGCUAAAGACUGUUGUGAUGACUUGUUUGCAGAAAAGCAGAACCUUGAAGAGGGUGACCAAAGAGUAGUCAUCAAUGUCUCAGGAAUGAUGUAUGAGACGACACUUAAAACCCUGAACCAGUUCCCUGAUACCCUGCUUGGGGAUCCUAAGAGGAGGAUUGACUAUUUUGACCCCAUGAAGAAUGAGUAUUUUUUUGACCGCAAUCGCCCAAGCUUUGAUGGAAUCCUGUACUUCUAUCAGUCCGGUGGUAAGAUCCGAAGACCAGCAAAUGUACCAUUGGAUGUUUUUGCUGAUGAGAUUGUCUUCUACAGGCUGGGCCAUGAAGUGAUGGAACAGUUCAGGGAGGAUGAAGGUUUCAUCAAAGACCCCGAACCGCAGUUACCGAAAAGCGAGCUUCACCGCCAGUUCUGGCUCUUAUUUGAGUACCCAGAGAGCUCUAGUGCCGCCAGAUCUGUGGCUCUAGUGUCUGUUCUUGUCAUCACUAUCUCCAUUUGUAUCUUCUGUUUAGAGACUCUCCCAGAGUUCCGCGAUGAUCAUGAAUUCUCCCAAAAAGUUGUUAAUGUAACCCGCGAUGUUAAUGGAACACUUCUGUCCCCAAGCCCUCCUCCCAAAACCCUGGAAUCUACCUUUACAGAUCCCUUCUUUGUGAUAGAAACUAUAUGUAUAAUUUGGUUCUGCUUUGAGCUAGGAGUGCGCUUUGUUGUGUGCCCCAGCAAAAGUGAGUUUUUCAGCAACAUCAUGAACGUGAUUGAUAUUGUUUCCAUCAUGCCGUACUUCAUCACUGUAGUCACAGAGCUCAUGGCCACUCAUGACUCGGCAGCUAAUCAGAACAUGUCUCUGGCCACAUUACGUGUCAUAAGACUGGUGAGAGUAUUCAGGAUCUUCAAACUCUCCCGUCAUUCCAAGGGGCUACAGAUUCUAGGGCAAACCCUAAAGGCUAGUAUGAGGGAGCUUGGCUUGCUCAUCUUUUUCCUGUUCAUUGGAGUCAUCCUUUUCUCCAGUGCCAUUUAUUUUGCUGAGGUUGAUGAACCCGAAACACAAUUUGUGAGCAUCCCAGAGGGGUUCUGGUGGGCUGUGGUCACCAUGACAACAGUUGGCUAUGGUGACAUGUGCCCGAUAACCUUGGGGGGUAAGAUGGUGGGAAUCCUCUGUGCCAUCGCUGGAGUGCUGACAAUUGCUCUGCCUGUUCCUGUCAUUGUUUCUAACUUCAACUAUUUCUACCAUCGUGAAACAGAGCAGGCAGAGAAGCAAGUGAUGGAUGCAGCUGCAGAGGCUGCUGCAAAUCAGAAGACUGAUGAAAAAUAUGAUAGUAACUAUUCUCUGGACAAGAGCAAUGGGAACUGGCAGACUGAAAAAAAUGGCAUUCCUUGAAAAAAGUAGUGCUACUAAAACCAGCAUUACUAGCAAUAAAAAGACUGAACAACAA